AUGGACCCGAAGGCAGCGAUCGUGAACUGGGAAUCGUCGUCGCCCCCGCGGCCCAAGCCCAUGGCUUUGGACGUUUCCUGCGAUCAGACUCCUCUAAGAGGGUCCGGGCCGAAGUAUGCACCGUCGUCAGAAAACUCCAAUGCGAACGAUCCGGUGGACGACCUGCUGGGAAAGUACCAAAUCAACCCUUUGCGGUCCUCUCCGCCGCCUACAUGGCCAAUUCCUCUGGCCAAGCCAGCACAGAAGUUCUUUUCUGAGUCUUCGUCUUCGAACCCCCUCACCGCGGCGGCCAUGAGACUGUACAGUCCAGGCUAUCUCAAGCGCCCUAGAUCAAUAGGCCCGCUCACGCCGCUCAAGCCCAGAAAGACCGUGAGCGCCAAGUUCGUUUUGGAUGACGACGACGACGACAGCAACUUUAGCUUUCUAGGUAAAGAGAAUAUCCCUCCUCUUUCCGAUGACGACGACCUGGACUUUGGGGCUCUGUUGGCCCAAAAGGCGCCAACGCCCCCUGAAGAUAGUGUCAAAUACCCCAACCUACCCGAGCCGGUUCUCGCAUACAAGGAAUCUCCAUUAGAGAUUCACCCCACACCAUCACAAUGUCACCGCUUUGUAGUAGAGGUGGUAGGAAUCGAGGCUGAUCACACUGUGCUUGUUUGUAAAGGUUUGAAGGGAACUGUCACGAUAGAAGUCCGGGACACUUGGAGACAGAUUCAAUUCGAAACCAAUGAUGUGGUGCAUAUUCUCGGCGAUAUCAAUGGGUCUGAAAACAUCGUCGUUAGCCAUGCCACCCAGCUUAUAUUGGUUUUGAACCCUGACACUCUUCUGGCCUGCACGGCCGUUGCAGAAUCGUUUAAUUGCGAGCGCCAGAUUGUGCUCAGAAAUCGCCUGCGCACCCCUAGCGAUAGCAAUGUUGCAAUGAUCUACGGAGUUAUUAUCCACGAGUUAAUCCAAGUCUGUCUGUUGGAGAACUCCUUCAGUAUACCUUUCAUGGAGGAGAAGCUUGAGAAUGACAUCAUUGACCGUUUUGUCGAGGAUCUCAUGGUCCUGGAGCUUGAACCGAAGUUUGCUCUUGAGGAAAUAAAAGAGCGUCUUCCGCAGAUUGUCAAAUGGGCUGCCACCGCUCUAUGUCCAGGCCGCCCAUUGUUCAAGGCGCCGAUUCAUCGAUCUUCAAAGGAGCUGACGGUCAAAAUCAGUCGCACUCUUGUAAUUGAGGAAGAAAUCUGGUCGCCGCGGUAUGGUCUAAAAGGGAAAAUCGAUGCUGUGGUAGCAGCCUCGACUGGCGGCCCAGAGUUUACAAGUGCUUUAGAGAUCAAAACUGGCUCCAUGUCAGGAUUUUCUUCUUCUGCCCAUCGUGCACAGGUUAUGCUAUAUUCUCUUUUACUCAAAGAACGCUACGAAAAGAUUUUGCCGUGGAUGCUUCUCUACUACGCCCAAGAAGCUGCUAUGAUAGCUGUGCGACCAAUGAUCGAUGAGAUCAGAGGGCUCAUUUUGAGACGCAAUAUGCUCGUUCGUCAUAUAAAUCGCCCCGCUCGGCUUCCGUGGCAUACAUCGUCAUCAUUUGAUUGCAAGUAUUGCGUUCGUAAGGACGACUGCACGGUUUUCACGGCCGCUAAUGCUGAGCAUAAGGCCGAGGAUAACCCGGGCAUCAAAAUUGCCGAAAAUCUCAUGGAACAGGCUACAAAAUGGUCAUCGAACCAGUUGGCCUUUUUCCGUCACUGGGACCGUCUUCUCGUUUAUGAGGACAUCGAGACAAACCGGCUUACCCGAGACAUCUGGUGCAUGGACGCUGAAACGCGCGAGGCCACUGGUAAGUGCCUCGCAAAUAUUCAGAUUUCUCUGAGAUCAUACAAAAAAGAGUCAAUCAAAUCGACUUAUGUCUACAUUGGUACGAGGUCCGUCCCACUGCCCGAUAUUGACCAAACAGGCUUUAACUAUUUCAGUCCAAUUGUUGUCAGCUCGUCAAAAAACGUUGCCGAAGCCACUGGUUCUAUAUACAAGUUGAAUUCUGAGGAAGUGGAGUUUGUUGCCAACCAUGAACUGGAUCAAUCAGAGACAUAUCGGCUCGAUCUUGAAGACCAUCAGCACUUCCUUUCCGUCAGUAAAUACAAUCUACUGAGGAUGUUUGUUGAACGCCCACGUCUUCUUGAGCUUGUUGUAGACCUCAAAGCGCCGAUAUUCGACACUAGUGUCAAGGUGCCCAUCUCGCCAGGUCUGAACGACGACCAAACAGGUGCUCUAAGAAAGGUUAUGCAAACCAAGGAUUAUACCUUGAUCCUAGGCAUGCCAGGUACUGGCAAAACCACAACUAUUGUAUCUAUUGUUCAGGCAUUGCUGGCACAGGGUAAAAGCGUAUUCAUAUCGGCAAACACGCACUCAGCAGUCGAUAACAUUGUGUUGAAACUCAUGAACUUGAACAUAGAUCUUUUGCGCGUGGGAUACGCGACCAGGGUGAACCCACAAGUUCAAAGGUUCAUGGCAGCUCGUGAAGCUAAACUAGACCCGAAUUUGGAGCCCUCAGCAAGGCUCGAGCAAUUGUAUCUCAACGUACCCGUUGUAGCUGCAACGUGCCUAACCAUCAACAGCUGGCUAUUUUCACGACGCCACUUUGACUAUUGCAUUAUCGAUGAAGCUUCUCAAAUCACACUUCCCACGUGCUUAGGCCCAUUGCGGCAUGCUGACCGUUUCGUCCUCGUCGGUGACCAUUUUCAGCUUCAGCCGAUUGUUCACAGUGCAGUUGCUCGUCAAAAUGGACUGGGUGAGUCUUUAUUCAAAAGGCUUUGUGAUGCUCAUCCAAGUGCAGUAGUAAACCUUUCUCACCAGUAUCGUAUGAAUGGCGACAUCAUGAAUCUUUCGAGCACUUUGAUUUAUAACGGUAUGCUCAAGUGCGGGAGUGAAGCUGUGAAAAAUGCGCGGCUCUCACUUCCCAAGCAGAUUCAUUUCAGCCCUAAUUGGAUCAAACCUGUACUUGACUCUAAUAACAGUGUUGUUUUCCUAAACACUGAUGAAGUGGGUGCUCCUGAGGAGGAACGCACUGAUGGCGUCGCCAACCCCAAGGAAUCCAAAAUCAUAUUGGAUAUUAUAACCUAUUUUGUUGAUCAUGGCGGUAUUCAGCAGUCUGACAUUGGUGUCAUUUCUGUCUACCGAGCUCAGUUGAGACUUAUCAAAGAGCGCUUGAGCAAAUACAAGGAGCUUGAUGUGCUAACUGCCGAUCAGGCUCAAGGUCGUGACAAAAACUGCAUCGUCAUUUCUCUUGUGCGCUCUAACAAUGACAAGAGAGUGGGCGAUCUUCUCCGCGAUUGGAGGAGAAUUAAUGUUUGCUUCACCAGGGCGAAAUCGAAGCUUGUGAUCGUUGGAUCACGAAGAACACUAACUUAUGCACCUACUCUUGAGAAGUUUUUGAAAAUCAUAGAGACAAACGGGUGGAUGUGGAACGCUUGA